AAUGCAGGGGUAGUUGCCUGGCAACCAAAAACUGGGCGUUCCAAACAAUUGGGACCCGGGAUCCUCGACGAGCCAGGUCGUGCUGCGGCUGCGCUAAUCUCCUGGAACUAAUUCUGAGUCUUUGGGCCUUUAAGUAUGCCUCACUCUCAGGAAUCUUUCUCGCACCUUGCGUUAAGUGACGAAGAGACACACUUGGGAAAUCUGCGGGCAUCUAAGAAACUGCCAUUUAAGAGCCCAACUCACCUUGCUCAGCAGCAGGAACCCUGGAAUCGGCUCAGUUCAACUCCCACAGUUACCUCCAUGAGGCGAGAUGCCUACUUUUUUGAUCCGAAGAUACCAAAGGAUGAUCUGGAUUUCCGCUUAGCCGCCUUGUAUGACCACCACACUGGGGUGUUCAAGAACAAAACCGAGAUACUGCUACACCAGGAGACCGUCCAGGAUAUCAGUGGACGCAAGACCCAGUUUCCUGGAGAAUGUCCUCCGGCUCCCGUUACUUCCCGAGCUAACAUCAGACACUGGAUCAACCCUAAGAGAGAAUCCAUCCACAGCAUCCAGGGAUCCAUAGUGUCUCCUCACACUGCAGCCACCAACGGAGGUUACUCCCGGAAAAACGAUGGUGGCUUCUUCUCCACCUAGUGGUGACAACUGGGCAGUUUCAUCAUGGUGGAACAUCCAGCUGUCCUUCAUUAAAUAGCUUUGUUCAA